AGAUGACACCGCCGCGCCAGCGCGGGCCUUCUUACCUCGGACCUUCAAAAGACUCACACUCGCGAUCGUGAUUCGUGACUGUUCACCUCGAGGCCGUUGCAGGUCGCCUCGCACACUAUAACACGAUCUCGCGCACUAGAAACGCUUGCAGCACAGCCAGGCUUUAAACUAUCACAACAUCUAGCUGGUAUGCAAGCAAGGAGCAUACAGCGACACAGCCAAGCGUCCGCAGAACAAUCAGCGUCCGAAUCCAAGUCUCAACCAUACGACUCAAGCCCUCAUCUCUCUGUACAAUGAGCGACAAGGCCGGCAUUCCUCGCCCGGAGUACCCUAGACCAGACAGGAUUCGUCCAGAUCACCCUCACAAAGUCUUGAAUGGCACGUGGGCCUUUGCCUUUGACGAGAAGGAUCGAGGCAUUGAUGAGCGCUGGAAUAGAGGAGGUGCGCAAGGUGCUGUCCAUCCCGCUCUGGACAAGCAGAUCAUUGUUCCUUUUGCUCAUCAGACCCAAGCUUCGGGUCUGAACGAUAAGAGAGCAUGCGAAGUGGUGUGGUACGCUCGUCAAUUUUCUAUGCGAGAGCUCUUGGUAGAAGAGGCGAUACGGGAUGAAGAGAGGGUGCUGCUGCACUUCGGAGCGGUGGACUACGAGACGAAAGUGUGGAUGGAGGGAGAGUUGGUGGUGGAGCAUCGAGGUGGACAUGUUCCCUUUCACGCCGACAUAACCGACGUGCUUCGAGCUGCCAAAGAUGCCAACAAGACGCACGCGUCUGUCACAGUGAGGGCUCGCGACGCGCCACACGACCUUACCCAGCCUCGUGGCAAGCAGUACUGGCGCGCUCAACCAGAAAGCAUCUUUUACCAUCCUACCACCGGUAUCUGGCAAAGCGUCUGGGUGGAACGUGUUCCUCGAGCCCGCAUCGAGCAUUUCACGCUGGUGCCAGACAUCGACACGGGCACUCUGAGCGUUCAAGCCGAGACGUUGGGUCUGCACAAAGGUUUGGAAGGGCAGCUCGAAGUGGAAGUUUCGCUGCUAGGCACGACCAUCAGCGCUUCGACAGUGACUGUCGGCUCGAGCACAUCUGAAGCUUCGGCGGUGAUCAGCGUCCGCAUUCCAGCUUCUUCGCCUCCCGAAAAGGCUCGCACAAGUUUGAGCGGACCUUUGGCCUUUCCGCCCGAGGUGCAUCGACUUGCUUGGACGAAUGGCAUGGCCUUGUGGAGCCCAGAGACACCGACGCUGUACGAUGUUACGCUCAGGCUAAAAAGGAAGAACGAUUCGAUUGUGUUGGAUACCAUACGGACCUAUGCUGGAAUGCGAAAGGUCAGCGUGAUCGAUGGACGCUUCUGCUUAAACAACAAGCCUUACUUCAUGGCUUUGAACCUUGACCAGGGCUACUGGCCUGACAGCGGUCUGACUCCACCGACGGCUGAAGCCCUCAAGGUGGAUAUCGAGAAGAUGAAGUCGAUCGGGAUGAACGGCGCUCGAAAGCACCAGAAGGUGGAAGAUCCCUACUAUCACUACUGGGCAGACCGGCUUGGCUACCUGGUGUGGGGUGAAGCGGCAAACGCUUACGACUACUCUUCCACCUACUCGUUGCGCUUCAUGGAAGAAUUCACCGCCAGCAUCAGGCGGGACGUCAACCAUCCUAGCGUAGUAGUGUGGACUCCUAUCAACGAGUCUUGGGGCGUGCCGGAGCUGCAAACGUCUGAGACGCAUCGCAGCCAUAUCGCCGCACUGUACCACCACAUCAAGUCCAUCGACCCUUCCAGACUGAUCUCGGACAAUGAUGGUUGGGAACACGUCACCACCGACCUGUUCACCUUUCACGACUACGCAGAGUAUGCCGAACUGAAAAGGACGUGCGCAAGCUUGGACACGGUGUUGGGGCCCAAAGCUGGCCGACCUGGAUUUGUGGGGAGCGAAAACAAGUAUUCGGGGCAACCGCUGAUACUGAGCGAGUUUGGCGGGGUUGCCAUCAAUCUCAGCAAGAGCAACGAGAAUGCGUGGGGCUAUAACGAGGCUACAUCGGAAGAGGAUCUGCUGGCGAGAUUGGAAGGGCUCGUCAGCGCCGUAGUCGACUCGCCGCUACAUAUCGACGGCUACGUGUACACGCAGACGGCAGAUAUCGAGACGGAGGUCAAUGGCCUGCUCACCCCUCGACGCGAAUGGAAGGUGGACCCGGCAAAGCUGAAGGCUGUCUUUUCGCGUCGUCCAGAUCCUGCAAAGGUGGCUUGUUGACCUUUGGCUCAGAGCCUUUGAACAGCAUGUACCAAGGUGGUGGGUUUGUAUCCAUGUCACGCGCACGAUGAACAAUAGUCAAUUCGAUUUAUGGACCUGGAG